AUGGCCUCGCAAUCCUCCCGUCGCGGUAGCAAUGACCAGUCUCAUACAAUGCCCAGUUCUCCGCCACAUCGCCCAGGCAUCGAUAGCCGAUCGCCAUCGGUCACCGAGGCGGGUAUCCGUAAGCUAGACGCUGCUCGGGGGACACGACAUGGAUCAAUUGGAGGAGAAGCAUUGGCUGAGGAAGAUGAGGGACCUGCCUCCAGCAGAAAUACCCGAAGAGCUCGGCCCCGACCCGGAGAAGAGGGACCCUUGAAGACCCCCCUGCCAGAAGUGACGAUUGCUAUUGUGGGCGAGGACAAAGCUGGCAAAUCGAGCUUCAUCCAGUGCGCACUGGACAUGAAGCAUCCCCCGACCUCCUAUUCCACCAAAAAGAAGAUGUCCCUAGAUGGGUCUGUCUAUUUGGUGCGGCUGCUAGAAAUCGAUCUGAGAAAAGUCAAGCUGGACCAAUCUCGAAGAAUCCUAUGGCCGCGCAUUGGGAAGGAUGCAGUGGCGCCACGGAUAGAUGGGGUGCUUCUGUUGCAUGAUGGGACCGAAGCGCAGAAUUUUGAGACAACCUUGGACCUCGUAGACUCGCUGGAAGCCUCCUUCCUGCCUUUUCUGUUGGUCGCCUGCAAAUGUGAUCUGCGCCCGGAGGACAACGAACUGGUCACAAUCUAUGGCCAACGCGAGAUCUACCGAACAUCGCCCGAUUUGCCACGAUCGCAGCAGAUGUGCAUUGCACUGGUGCUUCGGGCUGUAAUUUCCACUCAAACCGGCCUUGCCUCGUCUAACCCUCCGUCCAAUCUGAAGUCUCCUCCCGCCCCUCAUCCCCCGCGGACCACCACCAAGUCGUUUCAACCUACCCCCGCCCACGAUUGGCAUCACACCCGCGCCAAUUCAGAAUUUCAUUCAUCGUCAACCGGAGCCGCUGGCGGCUCCAUCUCCACCGGUGUGAGUCGGAGCGUCGAUGGGAACGGGGGCCACCGCUCUCCCACCGAUCAGGUGCCAGCCUCCAAUCUGGCGCAACAGCAUGCUACCAGUUCCUCUCGAUAUGCUAGGAGUAAUUCGCAGCCGGCUCGACCACAGACCCCUUCCGGCCCGCAGAUGAUUUCACGGCAACCGUCUGCAGGGGAGAUUUCUUCGGAGCAUGAGGACAACCUCCAGCCUUUGAUGCGAACUGCCUGGCGGAAUAGCGCCGGAUCAGACGCUUUCAACAGCUUCUUAAACAUGGACGACGAACUCGAUGACGGUACCAUCUUGCACCCGGACAAUGUCGUCCGGCCCAAACCUAGCAGCGAAAGCAACACCACUAGCGAAUCGGGACUGACAUUUGAUGAACUGGUCGACCGCCUUCUUGCUAUGCCCAUGUCCAAGCAGGAACAAAAAUUCUCCUCUAUCUUCCUCUGCCUCUAUCGGAAAUUCGCUGCUCCAUCUACCCUCCUUACCGCCCUGAUCGCCCGAUUCGAGAAGAACGAAACCAGCAACCUGGACCAGCUCGCUCGUAUGGCAGACCAAUUGCGACUCCUUAAUGUGAUCGCUCAGUGGGCUUCCGACUACCCAGGGGACUUUGCCCACCCGAAAACCAGGAAAAGGAUUAAUGACUUUGUUGCCACGUUGGAAAAGAGUCAUUUCUAUAUGUUUGCUGCGAAAGAGAUCGGGUCAUUCUUGGACUCACAAGCCGAGGAUGACGAUGUCGGUUGGGCAUUCAGAGACGGAGAUGUUGAUGAGUCAAGUCUCAACGAGACAUUCUUUGACAACUCCGGCAGAAGCUCACCCGCACACUUCCUCACCGCCACGUAUGACGACGACGACGACGACGACGACGACGAAGAAGAAGAUCCUAUCUACAGCAUGAACAACUUGGACCUCAGCGACGGGCCCCAUGACUCUUCAUCACGUCUUUCUGGAACUAUGUCCAUCUCUUCCAAUGCCGAAAAAACCCCCAGCACCUUAAAUCAGUCCGUCACAGCUCUAUCUCUCGAAGCUUCACAGAAAGAAGCCUUGCGUCUUGAACUUUCCUCUCGCUCCCUUCUCACCAAAAUCCAAUGGCGCUUUUUCAUGGAGACGCCGGAUGAGGAUUUUGCUCGACAGCUCACCCGUAUCGAUUGGAUCAUGUAUAAUUCCUUCCGACCGCGCGAUCUUGUUCGUCACGUCAGCAUCUCCGGUGUCGACAAAUCCAAGAUUAAGAGUCUGGAAAAUGUCAACCGCAUGAUCAAGCAGUUCAACCACCUUGCUUUCUUCACUGCGAGCAUGAUCCUCCUUCGUGACAAGCCAAAACAUCGGGCGAGAUGUCUCGAGAAGUUCAUGAACAUUGCAGCAAAACUUCGCCGUCAUAAUAAUUAUAAUGCCCUCGGUGCAGUUGUUGCUGCCAUCAAUGGCACGCCAGUUCAUCGAUUGACUCAGACCCGAGAGCUCGUCCCUGUCGCUACCCAAAGAGAAUUCAUGCGGCUGGUCAUUCUUAUGGGUACGCAACGAAGCCACUUUGCGUAUCGCCUAGCCUGGGAAAACUCAUUCUCUGAGCGCAUCCCAUUCUUGCCAUUACAUAGGCGUGACUUAGUGUCCGCAGAGGAAGGAAACAAAACAUUCAUCGGCGAGAAUAAAUCCCGCAUUAACUGGAAGAAGUUUGAGGUCAUGGGAGAAGUAGUCCUUGGCAUCCAACGAAGCCAAAAGACUCCCCACCCCCAGGCCAUGCGAUAUGAAGAUCUGGAAAGAUUGAUUCUAGAUGCCAAGCUAUCGGGUGAUGAAGAGGACUUGUAUGCUCGCAGUCUGCAAGUCGAACCAUCCACCGGUGGCGAGCCUGCCCGAAGAAAGUUUGGUUGGCUACGCGCGUAA